GGUACCGUCCGUACCACAUGUCGCCGGAUUUGUUUUUCUAUUCUAACCUGUCUAGGUCUGUUUUACCAGUUAAAAGAUGUCUUCUACAGAUGAGGAAGAUGUGGGAAAUCUGGUUGUCAUAGUGAUUGAUGUCAAUCCAGUUUGGUGGGGGAAACGGAGCCAUCAUAAACAACAGAAAGAUGUUUUAGCAAUAAGCCAGUGCAUGGAUUCUGUGAUGGUGUUUGUCAAUUCACAUCUUAUGAUGGAUAGACGCAACAAAGUAGCCCUCAUUGCAAGUCACACUAAUGAAAGCCGGUUCUUGUACCCAAAGAAGACAAGUGAUUCGCUGGACGAUGUCGAUGAUCAGAGGGAGCAAGAUGAGAUGAAUUCUGAUGGAAAGUAUGAAGUCUUUGCUUCUAUCAAUGAUGUAGUCAUGGAGGAACUUAAGAACUUGGUAGAUGAAAACCCAAUGGUAUCACAUACUGAUACCCUUCUGGCUGGAUCUUUGGCGAUGGCACUGUGCUAUAUUCAUAGAGUUGAAAAAGAAUGUUCAGUUGGAGAAAAGAUCAAGUCUAGAAUCCUUGUACUCAAAGCAGCUGAUGAUAGUGCAUCACAGUACAUGAACUUUAUGAAUGUCACCUUCACAGCACAGAAACAGAACAUUCCUAUCGAUGCAUGUAUCCUUGAUAAGGAUUCCAGUCUCUUACAGCAGGCUUGUGAUAUUACAGGAGGGAAAUAUCUCAAAGUCCUCACAACAACAGGACUACUACAAUACCUACUGUGGGUAUAUCUACCUUCUCCUAGCCUAAGAGAGAGCCUAGUCUUACCACCAGCCAUCCAUGUUGAUUAUAGGGCAGCAUGUUUCUGCCAUCGAACCCUAAUUGAUGUUGGUUAUGUUUGUUCUGUCUGCCUUUCCAUUUUCUGCACCUAUAGUCCCAUCUGUUCAACAUGCCAUACGGCCUUCAGGAUCAAGGGUGCUCCUUCCAAGAUGAAAAGGAAAAAGAAAUCAUCUGCUGUAACUUCUAUAACAUGAAAUGAACAUGUGGGAUCCAUGAGUGACAUUUCAGAAAAGCAAUAUAUUCAAAUGCAUAGGAGUGGGUACUGGUCAACUGGAGGCUCAGAGAGGGAGCUUUUUGUAGGACAACAAUGUAGAAUAUCAUCUUCGAAUUUGGAAUUUGUAUAGUGAAGAGAAAUGACCAAGAGGACAUAAAUGUAUUUGUGAAGAGGAUUUGCUCAAUUUCUUGCAACUGAUGUAUUUGUCAUCCAAGAAAAAUGUCUUGAUUCUGGCCUACUGUGAAACAUUUGAGUACACAUACUUUGUAUCAGCAAGAAAUGCUGGAUAAUAAUGAUGGAAUCAAUGGACAGAGGUUGUCCUGCUUCAAGAUGGAGGAACAGAAAACUCAUUCUUAUUAUUGUUUUACAAGUUUGUGGAAACAUGUGGCUCUCAAAAUCAGUUAUUCAUUUGACUCUCGUAACAGUAAAUUAAAUCUUUGUCAAUA